AUGUAUGGUAACAGCGAUUAAUUCAUAGUUUCAUUAAGUGUUUAAUUAUAGUUUGCAAUCAGGAAAUUAGAGUUGAGUAAUUUUAGACAAUUAUAAUAAUUAUACAUGAUAUAAUAAUAAAAAAUAAUUAUUUUUAGAUUCCUUGUUUCUUUUUUUUUUUUAAAGUAUAUUUCCAUAAUAAAUAAGUAUUCAACAACGAAAUUAAAACUUUUAUCACUGUUCAGCGUCAAUUAUCGUACAAUUUUGGAUUACGAGUGUAAUUCGAUAAAUCUUUUCGAUCGAAUAAGAAGACUUUUGCUAGAUCGUAAAUUGAUUCGACGAAUAUCAUUCUAUAGAUUCUUGUUUUUAUUUCAUCUAAGAUUUAUUGGUAUGAUUAGCGUUAUUAAAGCAGAUCAACAAGUUUUUUAAUGAAAUAUGCAGUUAAUUCCAAAGGUAUCGUUUAUGCAAAAUUGCAGCAAUGAUUAUUGUGAAAUACAAACAUGCGCGUGAUUAAAGACAAGAUUAAUUACUAUAAUGAACCAUUUAGUGAGUGCGUGGUUGUUUACGGUUUUUAGUCUUCUUCAUAUAAGCCGAGAAUAUUUCGAUCGAUUAUAUUGAUUGAUAACUCGACAUCCUCGAUAUAAUGAUACUUUCACUUCAACUUGGCAAUUUAACCGUUCUCUGAAUUAUUCUAAUAAACGUCAAAAUCAAUUUUAUUCACAACUUUUUUUCAAUUUUGAUCAACGAAUCAUCGACAAAAAAGUUUUAAAUAAGUAUUUUUCCUGGACAGUUUAAGAAGAAGAAGAAGAAGAAAAAACGAUGCCAAAUAAGGAUUGUUGGAAGGUUCGUUUUGUGAUUUAGAGAGGUUUCAGCUCUCGAAAGUUUCCUCUCGCUAGAUUUCUUGGCCUGUUCGAGGUCUCAUGAGAUCCGAUUAUUUCGAAAGGUUGCUCGUUUCAGGUAGUUUCUCGUUCCACGAAUUUUUGCCUUCCUUCUAUCCACUGAAACGUUGAACCUUUCGCUUCUUUUCGUAUACCUGAGUCUGCCGUCCGAUAUUUUCAAGCCUAACAUUAAUCCUCUCUCGAUUUCGAGGCAAUUAUCGAUAAUGCUUUAUGUAUAGUCAUCAAGCAAAAAAUUGCAAACAACAAAAGAUGAAUCAAAAAAAACAUGAUAGAGUCAACGGAGCCUUAAAAGAUCAGGCAGAAGCACGUGAACUCCACUUAGGUUCAUUAUAUUUCAUCACACUGUCCAUUAGAAAUAAAUCAUCGUUAUUGAUCGAAGGUUCUCAUCCAAGCGUUAUCCCAUUGCGUAACGCUUCUAACGUUGUAAUAUCAGCAACAAAGACGUUUUCGGCCGAAACGAAUGGGCCAGCAAAGACGAAGGAGCCAACCUCGACGUCGACGACUAGCAACAGCUCGAACAACGGUUCGACUGGGAAUAAUGGCGGACACGCGCCUCUUCGGCGUAGCUAUACUUCCUUGGUAACAACAUUGAUCGAGCAGCAUCGUAAACUAGAUCGCAGCGCGAGCGAGCCAACGUCUCGUUACAAAACAGAGCUGUGCAGGCCAUUCGAGGAAAGCGGCACCUGCAAAUAUGGCGACAAGUGUCAAUUCGCUCACGGGUACAGCGAACUACGGAAUCUCGCCCGGCAUCCGAAAUACAAGACGGAACUAUGCCGCACAUUCCACACGAUCGGUUUCUGCCCGUACGGGCCUCGUUGCCAUUUUAUCCAUAACUUCGAGGAGGCUCGAAUUCACAAUCAAAAAGUGAGCGCGCAACUAGGAUCCGCGCAACCGAACGUAAUGGGUUUGAAUCCUAUACUGAGCGCGGCAGCAGCAGCGGCCGCGGCCGCAGCCGCCGGCGGAAAUACGUGUAAUAAUGGCUCGAACGUCAAUCCGACGACGAUCAGCAGCGUUGCUCUGCUCGAACAGAUCGCCGCUUCGUCUCAGGUAGCGAGCCCUAAUCUUCUGAGAACCAACUCGUUGAGCCUGUGUAGCAGCACCACCAACGCGUACAAUCCGCCGCCAUUGCUCAGAACGAACUCGUUGAGUUUAACAACUAGCCAACACCACCAUCAUCAUCAUCACCAUCAUCAUCACCAUCAGACUGGCUCGACGACGACCGUCAGCUCGGUGAUCGGCGCUACCAGGCCAAAGCCGACAUUCUCUCUUGGCAGCACUGGUGACUCCAUCUCUCCGUCAUCCAGCCUCAGUCAGUCGCCGACAAAUUCGAUGGCGAGUUUCUUCAGCGAUGACUGUAGUAGCCAACAACCGUCCGUCACCUCGCCGUUCAGUUUCGGCCAGGAUUUUGGCAUUCUCGCCACUAGACGAAGUCCCAGCCCUCGGACCAACAGCGUUUGCAGUCCGUUGGGCUCGGACGAACUUACACCGAGGACACCAUCUCCACUGUCACCGAAUGCCGAAUCGAGAUUGCCCGUCUUCAACAGGAUCAGCAGCACCCUCGCCGACUUUGACAAUCUGAAGAUCUAA